CCGCGUUGCGCUCGCUCUUCUCUCCGGAGGGUUGAGGGGUCUACCCUUUCCUGUUUCGGGCUGCGCGAAGUCAGCUCGUGGGGCUCUGAAGACCCGAAAGUUGACAAUUCCUUCACGCCGCGGAGGCUGCACCCCGCGGCUCGGCGGCAGUCACCAUGCCACAAAAUGAAUAUAUUGAAUUACACCGUAAACGCUAUGGAUAUCGUUUGGAUUACCAUGAGAAAAAGAGAAAAAAAGAAAGUCGUGAGGCUCAUGAACGUUCAAAGAAGGCAAAAAAAAUGAUUGGUCUGAAGGCUAAGCUCUACCAUAAACAGCGCCAUGCUGAGAAAAUACAAAUGAAGAAGACUAUCAAAAUGCAUGAAAAGAGAAACACCAAACAAAAGGAUGAUGAGAAGACUCCACAGGGAGCAGUCCCUGCCUAUCUGCUGGACAGAGAAGGACAGUCCAGAGCAAAAGUACUUUCCAACAUGAUUAAGCAAAAGCGAAAAGAGAAAGCGGGAAAAUGGGAAGUCCCUUUACCCAAAGUCCGUGCCCAGGGAGAAACAGAAGUAUUAAAAGUUAUUCGAACAGGAAAAAGAAAAAAGAAGGCAUGGAAGAGGAUGGUUACUAAAGUCUGCUUCGUUGGUGAUGGCUUUACAAGAAAACCUCCUAAAUAUGAAAGAUUCAUUAGGCCAAUGGGCUUACGCUUCAAGAAGGCCCAUGUAACACAUCCUGAGCUGAAAGCCACCUUUUGCCUGCCAAUACUUGGUGUGAAAAAGAAUCCCUCAUCACCACUAUAUACAACUUUAGGUGUAAUUACCAAAGGUACAGUUAUUGAAGUGAAUGUGAGUGAGUUGGGCCUGGUGACACAAGGAGGCAAGGUUAUCUGGGGGAAAUAUGCACAAGUUACCAACAAUCCUGAAAAUGAUGGGUGCAUAAAUGCAGUCUUGCUGGUUUGACAGCGUCUCACACACCUAACUCCUGACCAUUAUCGAAGACUACAAAGCCAAUCAGGAAAACUACCAUGACUACAAUGUUUCUGAAUAUUGCCAAGCAGCAUUAGUAUCUACAAUCAUCAAGAGAAGUAUCGAUGGAAUUGUAAACAAACAACAACAACAAAAAUUAAAAAGUUAAAUGGCUCAAUUUUACAAACUGGCCCUUGUUUGGGGGACUAAAGGCUUACAUAUUAAUAAAAUUGGAUGACUGAAAGGCAAA